AUGGAAAAACCAAUAAGCGAUUUACCUCCCACAAAGAACCGAUACAUCCAAGUAUUGGACUUGUAUUUGUCCAAUAUAAUACAUAAUCCGAUAUUCACAUCCGUAGCUGUAUUAAUACUGUUUUGCUACUUGCAAUGUAAACAAUGGGACUGGCUCAUGAUUUCCUCCCACAGCUUUGAAUUUAUAUUUGUUGAAGAUUACGAGUUUGAUAUCCUUUCCAAUAUAAUAAACUUGAUAUUUAUAUUCCGGUUUGUCUACUAUAUCAAGUUGAAUUUGAUUGGAGAAAUUGCGUUAUUUUUGGUACAGAAUUUCGCCUGUUACAAGUAUGUACUCAUGAAGGAUGGCAUAUCGUUCUUUAAAGAUACUGACAUGUCCAUGUUUCUCAAGAGCUGCAUAGCUUUACAAGUAAUAUUUCCCUGGUUGAUUUUGUUGUCUUGUAUAGUGCAACGCAUGCCAUGGAACAAGACAUUGGUCGACUGCAAUACUAAUUAUCUCCCUUUGUUUAUGAGUCAGUCAUUUAUGUUUGUCAACACUACAUUCCCCUUGCUUGACAAUAGCUUCAAGAAUUAUGAGUUGCUUUAUAAGUUGGCAUGUUUCUCAUUGAAAUUUUACUUGGUGUUCCAGUUCGUCUUGUAUGAGUUUGUCUUGAUUAAUUAUGAACACGAAGACGUGGUAGACUAUUCGGUGUACUAUAGAGAGGUGAGCUGUUUUAAUGAAAAGGGUAGGCAAGGUAAGAGCAACUUCAAUUUGGUCAAGAAGUAUGCCAUGACUGUGGUUUGUUUGUUUAUAAUUGUGAUAGAUUUAGGUUUUAUUGGUGCUGUGCACAAGAAUGUAUAUAACAUGUUAUAG